GCUUAGAUCAUAUUGCGUUAAAAUAGCAUGUUGAGCCGUGAGAAGAAGAAGCUAUACGCAAAUCGCUUUGUUAACGAAAAUCACGUUGGCAAAUCUGGGUGCUAGCUGACCGUCACUCAUAUAAAUCAUAAAACUAAACGAGCAAGCACCACACGACAAUACUGCCGAGCCGAACCCUGAUGAGAGGGAGCAGCCGCAGACUAUUGGCCGCUUAUAAUUGCGGUGUAGUCUAAUCCUACCUUGGCUGUAGUAACGUUAGCAAUCACGGCAAAUUCAAUGACGUACCGUUCUACAGUUAAUCCAGUAUAUCAGGGAAUUUUAUAUGCAAUGCUGACAGUUAAGCCUCUACUGGCUGCAGUGGAUGCCUGUUAUUAACAUCACAAGUCCUCGGUAGUAUCAAGUUGGUGAGGGACACGUGUUCUGGGAGCCAGGUACACAUAAAUCUAUACUAAAGAAAACAUUUGUGGCAGCGCUAUCCAGACGUAUACAACCCGUAAUCGUUACGAUAAAAAGUUAGGAUUGAUGUCAUCUCUACACUGUCUAGUUAAGAAGUAUGUCAAGAGUUGUUGAUAUCGUGGCUGCACGUGAUAUGAAGUAUGUGUUUCUACUUAUUUGGAAUAUUAACUAAUGUGUAGAUCCGGACACGGCGAAAUGCUCCGGAUGAACGUGCAUAUCCUUCGGAUACUGUUCUUUCUGCUGGUGUCCUUAACAGUGGUGUCCAGCAUCCGAUGCUAUGAGUGUGAAAACGGUGUCAAUCCAGCAUGUGGUAAAUACUUUAAGGCUUACCAGUUUAAGGCAAAGAAAUGCGGUGAUGGCAGCCCUUACUUCAAGUGUGCUCUCCAGCGUCAGACCGAACCAGAUGGUUGGGUCGGGAUCGCUCGAGUCUGCUACGAGAUGGGGACCUUGUAUGGCCUUAACGAGACGGACGGCUGUAGAGAAUGGACAAAUGAUAUCGGCUUUACCGCCCUCUACUGUUUCUGUUCGACGAACUUCUGUAACAAGGGCAGUAAUUCAUCAUCAAGCAUUUUGCUACACCUGACAAGUGCCAUAGGCCUUACGUAUUAUUUCUUGUUCCACUAGCUGGUGACGCUGUGAUGGUAUUAUUCUUAAUCUGCAAGGCAGUCAAACUUGGUGGCAGUUGCCUGCAAUAAGAAACAUUCCGGACGACCAAAGAAAGUUGUGAAGUGUUUGUUUCGUCUACGGAACUCACGGAGUCGGAUUCAAUGGUUCAUUGUGUGCUCUUGUCAAAUGAUACCGCCUUUCACGGAAGCCCUGAGAGUCGAAGUUUGAUAUGUUAUCAUUUACGUCUGAAAUAGGUGACUUUGCACCCUGGGGCCCUCGAAACUAACAUAGAAAGUGAAUACGUGUGUGUCUGUUGUUGUAAAAAUGGGGUACACGGCGCUACAAACGACAGUGAGGCGUAUUGUAACAUUUACCACUGCACAGUGGUACUAAAAGGUUAAAGAAGGAUCUGUGAUGUGACGCCAUCGACUACAGUUAAUCAGAAGAAGGGCUGGAUGCAUCAGUGCAGUUUGCGUCAAUUGAAGAAGAGGCGCCACGAUCAAAAAAGCGAGUGAAGUGAGUCCAGUGAGUGUUGGCUAAAGCCAGGUGAACAGGAUGGCAAUGCAUGGCUAAAUGACAAUGGCAUUGAUUACAAAUCUAUGACUUAGAUGCAAUAGUUUGGACACUGUUUAUUGCUGUAACAACCGGAAGUGACGUAAUAAUGCAAAGCGUUAUUAUUGAAAAAACCGAGAAGAUGAAACCUUUUGACCUGUGCAUUGGAACAAUAUGACAAUGUGGUCCGAUGUCCCAUCCUGAUUUUAAAGCUAUAUGAAAUCUCAUAUUGCUAGGGUAUCCCAGAACAUUUACUAGAAAUCAACUGGAAAUGAUGCCCUGUAAUACAAGCCAAAGAAAGAUGGUGCUGCCAUCAUUCGUCUUAACGCAGGAUUUAUACAUUAAUCACCGGUGCGGGAUUUUCUCGCUUUGAGUUUGUGCGCAUUUACGAUGAUCAUAGAUGACGCCAGAUGUCAUUUUUGUGAUAAGGCACUUAGAAUGAUAAAAGGUAGUCACUUUGAAUAAGUUUACCUGAAAUAUAAGUUGAACUUCCUCUGAUAUAAGGGGGAAAGGUCGUACGAGUAUAAUUAGAUGCGAAAUAUUUGUGGUACGUGAUAUUUCAAUUGAAAUUUGACCAGCUACUAGAUUGAUACACUUUUACAUAUGAACUUGAGCCACAGGGGCAUGGCAAUCGAUCACAUUAUAUAUGUUUGACCUCUCAUGAUAUGUGUGAGACGUUUAGAGAAUUUAGUUCCUUACUAGACAAAAAUACUCAAAGGUGAACAUGAAUAUUGGUCAUCAACUGGAGAUUGUUUUUUAUUUAUUUUUUUUAUAAAAUGCAUUACAUUCUCUACAUAUUAAAAGAUGUCCAAACACGCAUUCUGUGAUCAAUUUGCAAGUCCCUGUGUUUUUACCCACCAUGUUAACCCAUCCGUCCGGCAUGUGACUAUAUACUUCAUUUGAGCUUGUUGUGGGAUGUACGUCGUUGAAAAGGGAAGUCAACUAUGCAGACUUUUCUCGUUCAAUUCAGAACGGGAUAGAACCAAUGUUCUAUUUUCCUUCGUCCAAUGACAAGUGAGACGAGUUCUUGCCCUGUUUGACCAUUGAACUGUGGCUGCCUUUCAUAUUUGGCAUCGCUAUUUAGGUAUAUGAAGACAUAUGCUUUUACCAACAGGCACAAUUUGUUCAACCUACAACCAAGUUACAACCUUGACAUAGACAAAAUUUACUGAGUCAUCUUUUUGACAAAUGCUCUUAUUUCGAUUUGACAUGAAAUAUUUUGCUUUCUCCAAAUCUACCAGCAUGCAAUUUCGAGCAAGUCCAUCUUUUGUGACGGAGAAGGUCAUCUCCAUGUUUCUUCUGUAUUUUCUAAUUCAUCUUCGGAAAGGGGAUACGUCAAUUUGCUCACAAAGGAUAAACAUAUACUCUUUGUGAUAAAAACAACAAAAUGAAAGAAGGAUUAAUGUCUUGAACUUUUAGCACUGAGUGUUUUCCAUUUCAAAGAAGGUUUGCAAAAUCGAUGGAGCGCUUAAAAUGCCUUCAACUACCAAAACACUCUUACAAAAAGCGUUGAAAUGAUAUUAUCAAGUUUGUGUUUACAAGUAUAAAAUUAUUGCUGUAAAUAAUUAUUGAGAACACAAUUAAACAUAAAUAUUAUAUGUAC